CCGCCCGGCUGGAACCUCGUUGCGGCGCCGAGCCCCGUCUGAGGGGGGGCAACAAAGGGCCAUGGAGGGGGGGGCGCCGCCCGCACAGGCAUCAGAACUGGACCGGGAGCCUCGGCGACUGUUCCCUCCGCGGCUCCCCACCGACCCCAACCAAAUGUCCGAAAGAGAAACGCAGACCGCCGAGAUCUCUCUCACCUUGGUGGCGUCGUUCCAGGCGAUGGAGAAGAAGGUGGAGUCUCACGCCACACGGUUGCUGGAUUUGGAGGGCAGGACGGGGAUGGCAGAGAAAAAGAUAAUAGACUGCGAGAAAACAGCUGUGGAAAUCGGGAACCAACUGGAGAGCAAGUGGGCUGCUUUGGGGACUCUGAUCCAGGAGUAUGGGCUGCUGCAAAGGAGGUUGGAGAACAUGGAGAACCUCCUGAAGAACCGUAAUUUCUGGAUUCUCAGGUUCCCCCCGGGCUCCAAGGGAGAAACCCCCAAGGUGCCCGUGACGUUUGAUGACGUGUCCGUCUAUUUCAACGAAAAAGAGUGGGAGAAGCUGGAGGAGUGGCAGAAGGAGCUGUACAAGAACUUAAUGAAGGGGAACCACGAGUCCUUGAUCUCCCUGGACUAUGCAAUUUCUAAGCCGGGCGUUUUGGCUCAGGCAGAGCCUGGUACCGACUCGUGUCUUGGAGACGAGCAGGACUCCGAAGAACAAGGCAGUCUUCCUGAUCCUACUGCAGCUGGCAUCAGGGUGGUGAUCAAAACAGAGGAGCCCCAUUCCGACGACUGCCCGGAAGACCUGGAGCAGCACCAGAUGUCCGGGAGCUCGGAGGGGGAUUUCCAGGGCCUGGAUCAAGAAGCCCCCUGCAGAAGUCCUUACGGCGCAGCCACACCUCUGGGGAACUUUGCAGGGAACAACCUAGAGGAAGUGGGCGACUACGACAUGGGCUUCGGGGAAAUCAAGAGAGUAACUGUCCAACACGGCACAUGCACAGAUGGCGGAAUUGUGAUCAAAAUGGAGGAAGAGGAAGAGGAAGAAGAAGAGGAGGAGGAGGAGGAGGAGGAAGAAGAAGAAGACCCCGUCAACUUGGAGCCGCGUGGGCUGUUCUCCUCGAGAGCGGAGCCCCCGUGCUCGCUGAAUUGCAACGUGGAAGUGAUGCGGGAAGAGAAGCGGGUCGUGAAGCCCUCGAGGGCCACGGUGGGCAUCUGCGCCCCUCUGUGCGAAAGGGACAGUGGCGUCGAGUCGCGGCCGGUCACCCUCCAGCAGAGGAACCGGACGCGCGAGAGGCCGUACAUCUGCCCGGAGUGCGGCAAGAGCUUCAUGCUGCGCAUCAACUACAUCAUCCACCAGCGCAACCACCUCAAGGAAGGCCCCUACGAGUGCCACGCCUGCGACCUCAGCUUCCGCAUCAAGCAGCAGUUCCUGCUGCACCAGCGGCUGCACACCGCGCGGCGCGGGGUGGCCCCCCCGCCCCGACGGGGCCAGGCCUACCCCGACAAGCGCAGCCUGAAGCCGCAGCCCAGGCCCCCGCCUCCCCCGGGGAAGCCCUACAAGUGCGGCGAGUGCGAGAGCAGCUUCAGCCACAAGUCGAGCCUGAGCAAGCACCAGAUCACGCACGUGGGCGAGCGUCCGUACUCGUGCGGCGAGUGCCGCAAGAGCUUCCGGCUGCAGAUCUCGCUGGCCAUGCACCAGCGGGUGCACGCCGGCAAGAACGAGCUGUCCUUCAUCUGCCCGCAGUGCGGCAAGGCCUUCAGCCGCCCCUCGCACCUCCUGCGGCACCAGCGGACUCACACGGGCGAGCGGCCCUACAAGUGCAGCCAGUGCGACAAGACCUUCAGCGAGAAGUCCAAGCUGACCAACCACUACCGGGUGCACACGCGGGAGCGGCCCCACGCCUGCGGCGAGUGCGGCAAGGGCUUCAUCCGCAAGCACCACCUGCUGGAGCACCAGCGCAUCCACACUGGCGAGAGGCCCUACCACUGCACCGAGUGCGGGAAGAACUUCACCCAGAAGCACCACCUGCUGGAGCACCAGCGGGCGCACACCGGCGAGAGGCCCUACCCCUGCACGGAGUGCGCCAAGUGCUUCCGCUACAAGCAGUCCCUCAAGUACCACUUGCGGACACACAUGGGGGAAUGAGGACUGCUUCGGCCCCCUUGCUCUUUCCCAUCGCACUAAAGCCCUGGCAUCCGGGGAUCGGGGAGCUGGCGGGGUGGGGAGCUGGGGGGAGGGGUGGGGAAUCCUUCCAGCGCACCCCUCCGCCCUCUCCCGCCCCGUGCCCUGGGAGCACAGACUCGUGGUCUCGUCCUUCAAGUAAAUAACGGGUUUCAGAACCAAACUAACCAUACCUGUGUUGGCACCGUGCCACUUGCCAGCCCUGAACGCUCUCCGCCUUGCUUCUGCCUUCCCUGCCCUGUUCUGCUCUUUUUUUAUAAUAAAUGUGGAGUCUGAUUUUUCUUUGGUAA